AUGAGCAAGUCCCCUUUGGAAGUCUUCACCUAUCAGCCAUUACCUACAACAUCUGAUGGCCCCAUCAUUCGUCUCCUUAAGCUACUUCCAGGUCCAAGCGACCAGAAGGUCGCGUGUAAGAUGGUGCCCACUUGUCUUAGAAAUCCUCCGUCUUACGAGGCUCUCUCUUACACUUGGGGCCAUCAGGGUAAGACCACUGCCAUCGUGUGCAACGACGCUCAUCUGGACAUCUCACAAAGUCUCGAGACGGCGUUACGCCAUCUUCGUGAUCCUAGAGAGCCGAGAGUGAUUUGGGCUGAUGCAAUCUGUAUCGACCAGUCCAACGAAGUGGAGAAGACCCACCAGGUCUCUCUCAUGCGGGAUAUCUAUCGGAAGGCUACAAGGGUCGUGAUCUGGCUUGGUCCAGCGAGUAGGAACGGCCCGGGAGAGCUCGCUCUGGAUCUUGUCCACUACCUGGCAGCGGCCUCCAAAGAGCCAGCUACCGCUGUCGAAGUAUUGCAUCAGUCUGCAGACAUACGCCUGCUAGAUCAUUUCGCAACACAGAUAUAUGAGAUUCAUGGUAUCCAAGCCCAGCCCAACCAAGCGUUCACCACAAUAUAUAAAGCAUUUUUCGAACUAUUAGAAAGGCCGUGGUUCACCCGGACUUGGAUUUUACAGGAGGCCGCUGUUGCAUCCGACGCUAUCUUACUGCUUGGUACAAGAUCAGUUUCAUGGGCUGAGUUCUUGGACGCAUUUGCAUUCUCCCUUAAGCAGCCGAGUCUCAUGACAAUUAUGAACCCUGGAAAGCUGGAGUAUGCAAUAGGUCUACUUACAGUGUGUCAGGCCGUCAAGCGGGGAUCUGAGCAAAGACUGUUGGACCUUCUCCUUCAACACCGGAACUGCGGAGCAAGCGACUCAAGGGAUAAGGUUUUUGCUCUAUGCGGACUCGCGCGUGAUGCUGGAGCUGAUGGUCUCGAUGUCCAAACGGAUUAUAGACUCGAUACAGCAGAGGUAUACAGAGACCUGGCCAUCAAAAUCCUGAAGCAAUCUGCGGACCUGGCACUCCUCAGCGUGCCACGUCCUUCUACGUCAUCAAACGUAGCUGGGUUGCCUUCGUGGGUUCCAGACUGGUCGCUCUCAAGCCACUCAACCUCCUUCAGAGCGCGAGACUUUUCGGGCGACUAUCUAUUUCGCUCGAAGGCUUCCAAGGACACCAUACCUGAUCCGAAAUUCUCUUCAGAUGGCAGGCUGCUCGCAAUGAAUGGGAUGGUGGUGGAUCGCAUCAUCAAAGUCGGAUCUUUGCACGACGCAGAUACGGAAUCGAAUUACCUCACCAAAAUCCCCAAGGAGCAAACAAUUCUCAACGAGUGGGAACACGUGUCGGGUGCCCGAUCGUGGUCCAAAUACUUCACUGGCGAAAGCAAGUUGGAUGUCUACUGGCAAACCCUUGUCGGCGGCUGUCCUGCCCAGAGUUACGAAGAGCUGCGAGGUCAAUUCCACGAUUUUGACCGCACCACCAAACGCUUCCGCAUGCUGCACUGGGUGGGCCUGCAAAACUAUCGUAAGACGUACAUUGCCGCGUCAUACGUCAUGUUGACCGUCUCCGCCAUGUCCGAUGGAUUUCGUGGGCGUUUGACCAGUCCGCUGACGGGCGGGUAUGCGACUUGGGGGUUCGCUGCGAGGAUGGCAAUGGCGGUACGGCGGAGGAGAAUGAUGAAGACCGAGAAAGGCUUCGUGGGGCUUGCAUCAGGUGAAGCCGUGAUCGGUGACUCCAUCGUUCUAUUCCAAGGUGGACAUGUUCCUGUCAUUCUCCGAUGGACGGGAACGCGUUGGCAGCUUGUCGGGGAUGCGUAUGUGCAUGGCAUCAUGAAUGGAGAAGCAUUCAAUCUUGACAAGUGUCAGAUGAUAGCCGUGGCUUGA